AACCCUGCAACCAUCAUAUCCCCCAUCACACCAUAACCAGAGACACAACACUGCCCCUGCGCCAAAAAAAAAAUGAAGUCCUCUUUGGGACUCUUUGCCGCCAGGCGGCCGUGGGGUACCACGAUAGCCGUCAGAUCGGAUAAGCGCGCCUACGGCAAGCCAACAAAGCCAAGACAGUCCCUCGGCGCCGCCAACUCACCACACGUCACAAUAAACGACGCAACUCCCUUGACAUUGAAGCCAGCUCUGACAACGACAAAGACAAAGAGGAAGCCCGUCGAUGGGUUCCCAUUGUCCGGCAUGCCAACAGGCACGCUCCUACGGUCUCUCCUCGUCACCACAAUCUCCUCCAACCGCUUCCUCCUCAUCCCCGCACUGAAAAUCUUAUCUUUCCUCGCCAAGCCGGGCCGGACGAUCUUCUUCGAUGUCGACCGCAACCCCGUCUUGCACAAGAUUCUCCGAAAGACUUUUUAUGAUCAAUUUUGUACUGGUGAGACGGCACAGGAGACCAAGGCGUGUGUGCAAAGUCUCAAGGACUUGGGGUUCAGGGGUGUGAUUCUUACGUAUGCUAAGGAGACUGUGUUUGAUCACUUGACGCAGUCUUCUGUUGAGCAUGGGAAGCUUGUUGGUGCGUCGGCGGAUGGGUUUGAUGAGGAUAUUGAGUCGUGGAAGAAGGGUACUCUUGAGACUGCUGCGCAGAUCGAGGAGGGUGACUACUUGGCCAUCAAGCUGACUGGUGCCGGCCGUGCCGUCACUACCUCAUUUGCAAACAAUGAGCUACCGCCACAGCAAAUGCAAAACGCCCUGACUGAUAUUGCGACGAUAUGCAAGCAGCGUGGUAUCAAGAUCAUUGUCGAUGCCGAAUCAACUCACUUCCAAAAGACCAUCGACAGGGUAACACUCGAACUCAUGCGUCGCUUCAACACGAAUGGAGUUGCGUCUAUCUACAACACUUACCAGGCCUACCUUAAGCACACACCCGAUAACAUCACGAACCACCUCACCGAAGCUGACAAGGACGGAUUCACCCUCGGACUCAAGCUUGUUAGGGGAGCCUAUAUCCUCUCUGACAACAGAUCAAUGAUUCAUGACACAAAAGAGGACACCGACCACGCGUAUAACUACAUCUCUCAAGGGGCCGUGAAGCGCAGCAUCGGCGAGUUUGGCACAUCAAAGGCUUUCCCGUCAGUCGACCUAUUCCUGGCAAGUCACAACAAGGAGAGCCUCUUCGCCUCCUUGAAGCUACACCAAGACCGCGUCAAGAACGGCAUCCCCACCGUUCCGAUAUCGUUUGGCCAGCUCCAUGGCAUGUCGGAUCAAGUCAGCUUCUCGUUGCUGCAGACGAAGAGCGAAGAAAGCCCUGCUGUGUUCAAGUGCUCUACUUGGGGCACUAUGAGCGAGUGCUUGGCGUACUUGCUUCGCAGGGCUGUGGAGAACCGGGAUGCGGUGUUGAGGACGACUGAUGAGCAUACUGCUGUGAAGAGCGAAUGCUGGAGGCGGAUGAAGUCAGUGUUUGCGGCUUGAUGUGGAUUGGGAAUUGAUGGUCUGGGCCGUACAGACGGCCCCUCCAACUACUGACACCCAGAGGAAUUGUAGGCCAUACCCACCAACUUCCUCCUUCCAUACACAUACGCAAUUCAAUGCCAUAUUAUUGAGCUUCGUACUGACUUAAGGCUUGCCCUUCUAACGUGUAUACCAACAGGAAUGGUAUAAUAUCAAUG